AUGCUCUUCGACAAUGUCGAAAGAAGGUUGGAGUUACCCGAUGGAGACUCCAAUACGGACGGUCUCGACCCGGAGGAAGAGAACGUAUGCCAACAAGAGGAAGCAACGGGCCCAGAGAUCCAAGUCAUCGGGAAGAUGAUUAAGAAUGUCGGGUGUCCUACAGAUUUCAAGGACACUACGGGUAGUCAAAUAGGAGAUAUGGAGAAGGUUGUUAAAGAGGCUCGGCCAAAGCACUUCAAGGUCAUCCGGACCUUGUAUGUUAUCCGAGCAUUUGUGAAUGUUAAGGGCUCGUUAGAGGUUGUGGUUGAACCGAGUUGGAGCUUGAACUCGGAUGUUAUGUCGGUGUGGAGCGAGAUGCUCGUCCAAGUAAUUCCAGUGCGUGUGUCCCAUAUAGUGACGGUUGAUGUGGACGUAGGUCGUGCAUCCAUAAUCAUGAUCGAUCCUCUAUCGUCAUGUGACCCUCCAUUAUGGUGGGAUUAUCUUCCGAGGGUCGUGCUUCCUGGAUGA